AUGGCAAGACAAUUUUUUAUAAUCCAUUCAUUUUUACAGUACAUUUUCAUGAAAAAAAAAAACAAAAACAUAAAAUAUUAAAACAAAAAUCUGCCGGGGCUGGGUUCUUAAAAUCAGUAUCUGGACUCUCAGCUAUUAUUGGUCAUUUAUGAUAAUUAAUGAAGAGUCUUUGAGUUUUGGACUGUCUGAAGACUUCACUUUGAGCACUGGGAACUUGAAAAUCUUUGCAAAAAUAAACAUUAAGGGAAAUAAUUGUUGGCCACUGCCCUAAAACAGUACUAUAUUGGUACUGCGUACCAAAACCCACAUACAUAACUAGUAUUUAACAUUUCAAACAAUGCCCAGUACUACUCAAGAGAAGAGAAAUGUACAAAAGUUGGACUUUAAAGCAACGCAAAAGGAGAGAUAUGAAGGAAAAGGUUCUCUUUCCUUCUCUCUGACCGGCUCUGCUCAACUGGUGGUUUUGUCUGGGAAGGGGAGGAGACAGAGAAAAGGGGGAGAGGGAGAGGGAGGGAAAGAAAAUGGGGUGGGACAGAUCCCCCCUGCGCGCACACACACACACACACACACACACACACACACACAGAAACACACAUGUACAUGUGCAGGCACACAUGCACGCACACAUAAAUGCGCACAGCUCUUCAAAAGCCAAGUGGUUUUCAUAGACAUCCAAUUACACUAAGAGAUGACAUCUGGGGAACUGCAGCAGAUAAAUAAGGUGAAAGGAAAGACAAGAUUCAGUCACCUCAGAGAAACUCCAGAUAACCAGAGAGAGCACGGCUGAUAGAGAUAGGAGGGAGGGAGAGGCAAAGGAAAGAGGGAGGGGGCCAAAGGAGAGGGAGCCACACACAGGAGGAAAGAAGAGAGGCAACGCACUGCUCGGGCGCUCAGACUCCGAGAGGCAAGGACAGAGGACAGAUAGGGGAGCCCAGCUCACUGACAAGACGCACGACACGAGAGAGAAGGGAGAAAGACGAGAGCUCUCGGGCCGAGUUACACACUCAAGUAACUUCAAACCAGCUCUGACAAAACCAGGAGAAACAAAGAAAGAAGAAGAAGAAAGUCUGGAUUCUGUGACUCUUUUUGUGGCCUGGCUUUUUGUGGAUUUCUCAGGACAUUUUAUGAGAAGCAGCAUUAAUACUUUUUUUUUUUUUUGACUUCUUGUUUUUAUUUAUUCUUUUCGUACUGUUUAGUUUGGCAUCUUUAAUCCAGACCUCCACUGCCUUCCCGUUAUCCACCUCCCUGGUCUGGAGAAGAUACAUGGUUUGGGAGGUGUGUUUGUAUGUGUGUGUGUGUGUGUAUGAGUAGCAGAUUUUAACGUGAGUUUUUAUCUUUAGAUUAGGUGUACAUUUAAACUUAAACAUCUGUGUGUGUGUGUGUGUGUAUGUGUGUGAGAGAGAGAGCAACCAGGAGCAAAGAGCGGCUGUAUUAGGAGGAGCUGGUGGAGGUGGGGAGAGGUCUUUGAGGCGAGCCCACCCCCCCCAGUUGUUCCCGUUGUGAGGUGAUCUGAGUUAUGGAUGUUGACGCAUUCCUGUGGCGCUGCUGAGGAAUAAACAGCGCAGGGGACGACAGAAGAGUCACUGCAGGUUUCACCGCCGCCAGCAGCUGCAUCGCCACCGCCGUCACCAUCAGUAUUACGCUACAUCUACUACCACCGUCACCCGAGCCACUCCACAGGUUUUAACACCUACAGUCCCAGUGAGGUUGGGGGGUCAGAGGCGGUGUAGUCAGUCAGUCAGGGGGGAACUUCUCCCACUCUCGUUCCCUCUCUCUGCACCCCGCUCAGCAUGCCCCAGCCCCUGAGCACCUCCACAGCUCUCCCAGCUCCACUACCAUGUGUAGAUGGACAGUGACACAAGGUGCACCGGUCGCCUGGUUCUCCUCCUGCCCCUGCUGCAGACCUCCUUCACUUCUCCUCUCCCUCACCUUCCUCCUCCUGCUUCUCCUGCUCGGACCUUCCACGUCCUCGCCGCUCUCCGCUUCGUCCUCACUGUCAGACUCUGAGAAGGACGGCGAUGUGCCGGGAGGGACUCCUCUUGACAUCUUCAUCUCAAGCCCGCCACCCUCCUCAUCACCCCCACCGUUGCAUGCAUCCUCUGCGAGGUUGCCACGGGCGACCAAUGUGUCUUCGUCGUCGGCAACGGUCGUCGGGCGCCACGUGCGGAGCAGCUACAACCAUCUGCAAGGAGAUGUGCGCCGGAGGAAACUGUUCUCCUACCAGAAAUUCUUCCUUCGCAUUGACAAGAAGGGAAAAGUUAAUGGCACCAAAAGCGAGGACGAUCCAUACAGUAUUUUGGAGAUCAAGUCGGUGGAUGUGGGAGUGGUGGCCAUCAGGGGCCUCAGCAGUAACUACUACCUGGCAAUCAACAAGAAGGGAGAGCUAUACGGAGCAAGGGACUUUGGUCCAGACUGUCGUCUAAUCGAACGCAUCGAGGAGAACAAGUACAACACCUACGCUUCAGCAGAGUGGCGCAACAAGAAGAAGCACAUGUUUGUGGGACUGAACGCCAAUGGCAAGCCAAUGAGGGGGAAGAAGACACGGAGGAAAAACACAGCCACUCACUUCCUGCCCAUUGUGGUGCAGCCGCGAUAAUUUGGACAUAUGAGCCAUGAGAGAGCUCUGCAGACUGCGGGGUGUCGGACUUUAUUAGAGUUACAGCGAUGGCUACAUUGGACAGAUCUGAAUCAGAUCUGAUGAUGCACUGAGGAGGACAAGAAUGGAACCCUAUGGACAUGUUAUCUCUGUUGAACAAAGACAUUUUUAUUUUCAAAGAAAGAAAUAAGAUAUAUUGCUAUACAAUGUAUAUAUUAUUUUCAGUUUUAAGUUAUCAAGUACAUUGGCACAGUAGAAAAUAUGAAAAGAAAUGACUUCUGUGCCAAAAUGUGAUUAGCAACACAUUUCUAGAUUUGUGUACAUGUGAACCGCUCGACAGGCAAGAAAUAAAACGACAGAAGUAGUAAGAGAGGAAAAGAAAGAGAAAAGAAGUAUUGAUGUAAAGGUGGCUGACAGAAAUGUAGACAAAGAGGAAGAUGAGAAAAGCAGAAAAUGAAAUGAAAGAUCACCAACACAACAGCAAGUCAAACACUAUGUUUUUCUCUUUAAAUUUAUUUAUUUUCUGUAAUAUUUAACAAAAACAAACAAACACACAAAAAGGACAAAUUCUUGUCUUUUUUGCCAUUUAUGCUUCUCUUUUUGAAUACUAAUCAUUUAAACCUGAAUAAAUAUAAAAAAUAUAUUUGUCUUUAAGUUGUUUGACUGACUCUGAAUCCUUUAUCUCUACGGAUCAAAUAUUGGUUGUUCAUAUUGUAAAUACACAGCAAAGAGAUAGAAAUAAAUACCUAUACGAACAAAA